AUACACUUCCUGUUUUGGAGUGUAAACAAGUGUCCUGUCGAUAGAAGUCCAGUCUAUCCUUUCCGUGUCGAUAUUGCAAGUUCACAAGGCCGGUAUUAAUCUGCCCUAGCUAUUACUAUGGCUGAAGGCGGCCCUCCUCCAGAACUGGACGUACACUUACUGGAGUGUCCAAUAUGUCUGGAGCGACUUCGACAACCCAAAUCCUUAACCUGCCUCCACUGCUUCUGUCAGGAAUGCCUCGGGACCUACAUCACCAUGGAGCUGUCUGGAAAAAUGGCGUCGGCAACAUCGUUCCCUUGUCCUGUCUGUAGGAGAAUGGCCCAGCCCGCCAAUCAAACGGAGCCUAAGGACAAAUGGGCAGAACAGUUCCCGACUAAUGCUGUGAUCCAGGACCUUAUCAAGCUUAAGGAACAUUCGUCUGAACCACUGUACUGCAAACCCUGUCAGACAAGAGGUGACCUGACAAAUCCAGCGAAAUUCUGGUGUAAGACGAUGGACGUGAAAUUCUGUGAGAAAUGUAAGGCAACAUACCAUGAUGUUUUACAUACUGAAUGUGAUGUCUUGGAUAUUACCGGGUACGAUGCAAGACGAACAAAAAAGGAAAUGUCAGUCCCUGAAUGUGACCAACAUGACGAGAAAUUGAUUUGGUAUUGUGAAGAUCACAAACGUCUCGGAUGCAACAUAUGCAUGAUUAAAUACCACAGGCGUUGUGAUGAGGUGACAACGGCGAUGGAAUAUUUACAGAAGAUAAAAGCCGGUUCACAACUAGAAGAGAUGGAGAUGGCACUGAAGAAAGGAGCACAGGCUAUGACGUCAUUGGUAAAGGGUUUUGACGAGCAGAUCCAAACCAUGGUCCAAAAUCAGGAAAUCGCGCUGCAAAGCAUCAAAGAUCUGCGCCAAAGUGUCGAAGAGCAGCUGAACAAACUUCAGAAAGACGUCACUGAUAAAUUAAUUACAUUGUUUAAAGAGGAGAAGGGGAAUUUGGAGGCUUCGUCACGACAGUGUGAACGUCUGAUGAACAGUAUGGUUAAUACCAUGAAGUCGUCCGUUACCGCCGCAGAGGAAAACGACACUAUUGAGGCGAUAGUUUUGUAUCAGAGAGGACAGGCAGAAGUGGAGUCGUGUAAGGCCCUGGUCAAGGAAAUAAGCAAGUCCUUCACCUCCAUUAGCAUUAACCAUCGUAUUGUUCCCAGACUGGUAACCCUUGGCGAUGAAGCGAUGGGGAAGAUCGUAAUCGAUAGACAACGCCGAUGUUUUCCUGUUGAUCUUGAAUACCUGUGCGUACCUUUGUCAGAGCGUCAUGUGAAAGAAAUAGGGAAGUUUAACGUAAAGACUCCGUCUGAUAAAGAAAGAUGUUGGAUAAGUGGAGUUGUGUUCCUUCCACAUGAACAGAUAAUACUUAGUGAUUACAACAACAAGAAGCUGAAGCUUUUUACAGACAAAGGACAGUACCUGGACGAGUUGACCAUUCGUGGAAAUCCCAGUGAUCUUUGUCUGGUGAACAACAACACCGUAGCGAUCGCUGUCAGUAAUCCUGGUGGUGUCCGUGUCGUGAGAGUCGAGGACUCAGAACUCUCCCUGUCGUCCGAGAUUAUCAUGCCCCAUGACGCGUGCUGUCUUGGUAUAUCACGAAGAGACGGGAGGUUUAUCGUGGGUACACGUGGAGGAGAGGUAUAUAGUGUGACACAGGACGGAGCGACUGAGUUGUUACAUAAGUAUAACAUUAACUGUUAUUGCCUCACACAAUAUCCAUUAAAGGGAGACACACUCGUCAGUGUCAGUAACAACGCCACGGGGGACGUCGCGGUGUCCAGACUGUCGGCUGACAAACGUCACACGGAUGUGAUGAAGGUCGAUGUCGUGAGGGGUGCUAGGGGAAUAGACGUGGACAGGGAGGGUAACAUAUACGUGUGUGGUAUGGAAUCACACAACGUCGUACAGAUGUCUGGGGACGGGACACACGUCAGGGAACUGCUGACGUCAUCAGAGGGAAUGGACUCUCCCCGGGCAAUAGCUGUUCGUGGUGACACGUUUCUAGUCACCUCUUGUGGUUCUACAAACCACAAUAAUUUUCUCCGAGUCUUUCAACUCCACUAAACAUUGUACAGAUAAACACACGGAUGGGUUGAUCACGUGAUGUGUAUAUAUAUAGUUAUAGUCACAUAAUCAAUACAAACACUGAAGCAUUGCAAAGUCACUAGGGUGGUGUACGAUUUAAUUUUGGAAUUGUUUAUAUUCCGGAUAUUCAAUAUUACAUGACGUAAAUAAGACAGUAUAGAGGUGGAUGUUUAAUCUUAAUAUAUAAUAUCUAUCCUAUAAUAAGAAACAAAUGUCAAAAAAUCUCAAAUGGAUAUUAUGUUAUUCUAAGUUUGAAACUAUUCAAACUGAACCAUCUGUAUCCGGUUGCAAUUCUCCCAGAUGUGGAACAUGCAAACUGAUCAUUCAGUGUUGUACUUUUAUUUUAUAAAAUGGUUUCAAAUUCACUAAACGUGAAAACAUAAACUGUAUAUCUAGAAAUGUCAAUGAUGCUAUUGUGAUACAUGUUCUGAGUUUUGUAUUGGUCAAACUGGACGUGAAUUACGCCAGAGAAUGGCACUACACCGACAACAAACUGUAUAUGAUGAUUUAAGAUUUUUACAUGUUUACAAACAUAUCACUAAUUGUGCUAACAAUAAAUUCAAAGUUAUCCCUAUAUACCAAAUGUAUUCUGAUAUUAAAGAAAGGAAAACCAAAGAAUCGGAGUUGAUUAAAUUAUUAAAACCUGGUCUGAAUAGUUCAUA